AGGGGUCCCUGCCCAUGGAUGACCUUGAAAGUCCCUUCCAAGUCAGCCCAGCCUGAGGUCUAUGAAUGAAUCAGGAGAAGGAAAGUAACCCACAGAACACACAUGGAGAGGAGCCCUGAAGCAUGGCAGAAAUGCCCUGGCGAGGGCAGUUCAGAAGGAAACGAGAAGCUGAGGUUCUGCUCCGACAGAGGAGACACAACUCUGCUCUUCUUCCUUCCAAGGCAAGCUCUUCUCUGCCAGUGUCCAGGUCCACUUCACAUCUGCUGAGGAGAAACCCCCAACACAUUCCCAAGGCAGAAAGAGAUGGAAUUUGUCAUCCUUUCUGGGAAGACAUCCCGAGGCAGACAGAACGAGCUCUGCAGGAAGGCAAGCAGCUGUGGGACAGGCUGGCCAUGACUGCUGCAACAUCAGCGAGCCAGGAGAUGUUGAAAUACCCACUGGAGAAUCAAGGAAAAGUACCCCCUGGAAGGAAGCCCAAAUACCCAUUGGAGGCAGCGUGCAGGAUGGAGGAGAGGGAAGGCGAGCGCAGUGGCAGUGCUCAGAGCGCAGGCCAGAGCGCGCCGAGGAGGAGCACAGGAGCCCUCAGCAGCUGGGCUGUGGACAUCCAAGCCGUCAGGCCCCCAGAAGCAGCUGGGCUCUUUGACGUCCACCCAGCAGACCCUGCUGGCUGGUGUGAAGUCUCUGCAGAGCAGCAGUGGCAGCAGGCUCUGUUCCCCAGGUGGCACUUGCCUCUGAAGAUAGGCGCCGUGCUGGCAGCAGUCACCUUCGUCUACACUGUCCUCAGAGAUGUCCUGUAUCCCUUUCUGAGCAGGAAGGAAAAUGCCUGCUAUAAGAUUCCAGUCCUUGUGGUGAACAAAGUGCUGCCUGUAGUUUCCAUCACCCUCUUGGCACUGGUGUAUUUGCCAGGGCUGUUGGCGGCUGCCUUCCAGCUGCGCUUUGGCACCAAGUACAAGAGGUUCCCUCCCUGGCUGGACAGAUGGAUGUGCUCGAGGAAGCAGUUUGGACUUCUCAGUUUCCUCCUGGCUGCCAUGCAUGCCUGCUACAGCCUCUGCUACCCCAUGAGAAGGUCCUACAGAUACAAGCUGCUGAGCUGGGCCUUCCAGCAGGUGAAGGAGAAGAAGGAGAGUGCCUGGAUCGAGGAGGAUGUCUGGAGGAUGGAGAUCUACGUGUCAGUGGGGAUUCUGGGCCUGGCCCUGCUGGCCCUGCUGGCAAUCACAUCAAUCCCUUCUGUCAGCCACUCCCUCACCUGGAGAGAGUUCCACUGCGUCCAGAGCAAGAUGGGAUGUUUGGCUCUGCUACUGUGCACCCUGCAUGCCCUGGUGUUUGCUUGGAACAAGUGGGCUGAUGCGAACCAGUUCAUCUGGUACACACCACCCUCCUUCAUGGGGGCAGUGCUGCUUCCUCUGCUGGUGCUGCUGGGCAGAUGUGCUCUGCUCCUGCCCUGCUUUAGGAAGAGGAUCAGACAGAUCAGGUGUGGCUGGGAAGCUGACACACAGCCCCAUCAAACCAGCACCACCUCCAGGCUGUAGGCCACACAAAGACACUGUACCUGGACCUCCACCUGCUCAAGGCCAUGAGAUGUUCACUCACAAGCUCCAUUUCCCUGUGCUCUGCAGCUGUUCCCUUCUCCCCUCCUUUCCCCUUCUCCCCUCCUUUCCCCUGCAGGAGGAUGGGUUAUUGAUGCUCUCUGGAAACAAAGAGAUGCACACUUCACCCAGUGUGCUGGGUUCUGGUUGCUCCUUCCAGCUGACUCACUGCUUCUCAAACCCAAGGCCUGCAUUGUCUCAGUCCUGAUCCCUCCCCAGGCACAGGCAGACAUAAAUCCUUGCCCCAGACAACCACAGAAAGGAAAGAAACAAUUCCAGCACAGCCCCCAGGAAUGCUGUCUGCUUCCCACAGCCACAUCUGUUCCUGCCUGAACUCUCAGUGUUCUGGUGGCACAACCAGAGUGGUUCCCACUCCUACUGCCUGCAUCCCAUGGCUCGCCCUGAUGUUUGUGUCGACACAUGAGCCAGACACAAACUCUCUAUUCCCAUCAGGGCUUGCACUGAGACAAAUGGGCAAAGAGAACUGCAAGGAGAACUCCCCCAAAGGUGUUCAAGGCCAGGCUGGAUGAGGCCUGGAGCAAUCUGGACUGGUGAUGUCCCUGCUCAUGGCAGGGGGUUGGGGCUGGAUGAUCCUCAAGGUCCCUUCCAACCCAUCCUAUGACUGAACUGAGAAGGUGAAGCUCUGCCGAGGCUUGGGCACAGGCUGGCAAAAGAAUGGUUAGGCUCAGGCGUCCACCUUGGCAGAGCAAGGUGUGCCUGCUGCUUCAAACAAUAAAGCAUUUCACAUUCCUGAUUCCAUGAGCUUCUUCUGUUUGCUGCUGGCCAGUGGCCACACUGCUGCCCCAGACCUGCAGAGCCUGCACUGACACAAGCUGUGCCGCUGGGGUAGCUGCUGCCAGCCAAACGGCUCUUACCCUUGGGCCAGCACCAUCGUGGGGCUGGAAGAAAAA